AAGAAAGGGUUGAUGUUAAACUCCUGCUUGUGUUAAUUGAUGCCUGUGUGUGCAGUAUGUUGGUGAGAGUGAGCGGGCUGUCAGACAGGUCUUUCAGAGAGGACGCAAUUCGGCUCCGUGCGUCAUCUUCUUCGAUGAAAUUGACGCGCUGUGUCCGCGCCGCUCAGGACACGAGUCAGGAGCCAGCGUGCGGGUGGUCAACCAGCUGCUUACAGAGAUGGACGGCUUGGAGACCAGACGGCAGGUCUUCAUCAUGGCUGCCACCAACAGACCAGACAUCAUCGACCCUGCCAUACUGAGGCCAGGCCGGCUGGAUAAGACCUUGUAUGUGGGUCUGCCUCCUCCAGCAGACCGCCACGCCAUCCUGCUCACCAUCACCAAGGGAGGGACCAAACCUCACCUGGAGCAGGAUGUCAGUCUGGAGGAGAUCGCCUUCAACGAGCGCUGCGAUUGCUUCAGUGGAGCUGACCUGAAUGCGUUGGUGAGGGAAGCCUCUGUGAACGCUCUGAGGGAAUACCUGAAGUCCCAGCCUACUACCACGGCUACACCAGGACACACGUUCACUGCUGGCCCAGUGGUUGACAUCAGAGUGAGCAAACUGAACUUUGAAGAUGCCUUCAAGAAAGUUCGUCCAUCUGUGUCCAAAAAAGAGCAGAAGAUGUACGAGCUGCUCAGAGAGUCCCUCAUCAGAUAACUACUGGACCAGAACCACAGUUCAACUUUAGUGAAUAAUUGUAUGUAAUGUAUGUAUACACAUUUUAUUAUGUUGAAUCAUAACUGAUCCCUGCUUUUGUAAUAAAAAGUGUAGAA